AUGUCGUCAACCACCACCACCACCACCACCACCACCGCCGACUCAUCGGCGCCCACCAAGCACAAGCUUUGUGCUGUGUGCCAAAAGCUGCCGACAGAGGUCAAACGAUGCGGAAAGUGCUUCAAGACGUACUACUGCAGCCGCGAGUGCCAAGUCAAGGAUUGGCCUCGCCACAAGACCGAAUGCAACAGCGCCAUUCACAUCAACACGAGCGCGACGGGCAGCGCCUCGGGCUCAAACUCUGGCGAGCAAGCCGAGGAGACCAAGAAACUGCAACAGACGGCAGCGCCCGCACAGCUCUUCACGCCGCAAGCCGUCACGGGCGCAGACAUUUAUACCCUGUUCAAUCUCCCCGUGGGCGACCCCAAGAUUCUGCAGUUUGUCAUCUACCUCGUGCACCUCAACAAAACGAACGGCGCCCCGAUCACGGGCCAGGAGCAGUAUCACGCACCCGUCCCCACCAUCGCGCGCUUUCCGGGCUCAGACUACCACAACUAUCCUGUCUUGGGCCUUUCCCUGUGCUUUGAGAAGAAUCUGCUCACCGCGGUUCACGUCUAUUGCGAAGCCGUCUCGGGCUACACUGGCUAUUGCGGUCCGCUGCCGCAUGGCAUCUCCCUCAAGGACAACAAUGUCGACAUUGUCAAGCGUCUUGGCGAGCCCACGGUCAAGGGCGGCAAGGUCGUCAACGUGUGGAUUGCCUACGAGGAGCUUGGCAUGCAGGUCGACUUUUCGACCAAGGACUGGAACGAUCUCGACAACAAGAUCAGCUCUGUCGCGCUGUACGCUCCCCGAUGAAGGGAUGGUUUUGUGUGUGUGUGUGUGUGUGUGAUUGGUGUGUGUGAGUGGAUGCUUUGUCGUGGGGAUGAAUGCC